AUGGUCUUAUAUGAGGAGCAACUUAAGGAGGCGGCGAUGGAUAUGGAAGAGACGCUACCAGGGGAAAAGGGGCUGGUCAAAUCCAAAUCCAAGAGCUCCAAGUCAACAAAUGGUAAAAAAGGACAGGCCGUUAAUCUAAACAAAUCAGGCAUAUACUUCAGCAAGUGUUGCCCGAUGAGUCUAAGAAAUAAUAUGGCAGCAGUGUUGAGGGUCCUCGAAAUAGACAAAACAGGGAAGUACGUAGGUAUUCCUUCGGAUUGGGGAGGCUCUAAGAAAGAUAUUUUUGCCUGGAUUUUGGCUCGAGUGAACAAGAAGUUAGAAAGUUGGAAGGAAAAUUUACUGUCCAAAGCAGGGAAAGAGAUAUUAAUUAAAUCUGUGGUGCAGGCUAUCCCACAAUACGCCAUGUCUAUUUUCAAGAUCCCGGUGUCUAUAUGCAAAGCAAUUGAGAAGAAGAUUGCAAAUAUUUGGUGGAAGAAUGGGAAGAAAUCUGCUAGGAUUCAUUGGACGAAAUGGGAGACUUUGAAACUCAGAAAAGAUGAACGAGGCCUUGGCUUUAAAGAUUUACUAGCUUUCAAUGAGGCUAUGCUAGGAAAGCAAGCAUAG